AUGGCUGAACAAAACGCUCGUUUGAUGGCUGUGAUGGAACAAUUCAACAAUCAAGAAGCCCCGGUCCGGCCAGCAAGCGGUCCAGAAUUCAUCAUCGAGUCAUUGGCGUCAAACAUCAAGGAGUUUUGCUACGAUCCCGAAAACGGUUUGGUAUUCGAUCGAUGGUUCCAGAAGUACGAGGACAUGUUCCUGAAAGACGGAGAAAAUCUGGAUGACGAAGCAAAAGUUCACCUGCUGUUGAGAAGCCUCAGCAUUAACGUUCACGACAAGUAUGUGAAUUUUAUUCUGUCGAUUCAUCCACUUGAAUUUUCUUUUGCCGACACCGUCACUAAGUUGAAACAGUUGUUUGGUGUUCAAAUAUCACUAUUCAACAAGCGAUUUCAAUGUUUUCAACUUACGAAGCACGGGGAAGAUGAUUACGUUACCUACGCCGGAAUCGUGAAUAAACGCUGCGAAAAUUUUGAGCUGAACAAAAUCACCGCAGAUCAGUUCGAAUCCCUAAUUUUUAUUUGCGGUCUACAGUCUCCGAGGGAAUCUGACAUCCGAACAAGGUUGUUAUCGAAGUUGGAAUCCGAAGGCAAAGGGGAAUGUAAACUGGAAAGCCUGAUCACCGAAUGUCAACGUUUACAUAACCUCAAAUCCGACACGGCUGUGCUGGAGCAGAAGCAACCAACGACAGCUUCAAUCUGCGCAAUCGACCGGAAAAAGCAGUCGUAUCAACCCGCUUCAUCACCGAGGGAACCGUCAAGCGUCCCAAAGAGUCCUUGUUGGCAGUGUGGAGACAUGCACUUUGUACGUGAUUGCUCAUUUUCAAAUCACACGUGCAAAGUCUGCAACGAAACGAGCCACAAGGAGGGCUACUGCAAUUGCUUUUCGGCGAAGCCGAAACAGAAGAACAGAAACAGAAGGAAAAAUUCAAACCAAAAGUCAACGGAGUUUUUGCUAUCAACCGUGGAAGCAGCGCAGCGUCAAGAAAGUUCCUGA